UCUCUUCAACAACGCAAUCGACGGGCGGUGGUUGGUCGUUUUCGGUCCCAACCAGUCGUCAUCGUGCCAGCACGACAUUCGUUAACUGUAUAUCUUUUAUUUAUCUUCAUAAUACACUCGUGUUUUAUUCUCUUUAACCUCACAACGCUCUUUCAAGGAAACUUUAUAGUGAAAAAAAUAGAAGUUACUCAUAGACCUGUAUUUUUAUCUAUAGAAAAAAAUGUGCAAAUGAGUGUAAAUUCCGUCUGGAAUUUACCGGAAAGAAAUUUUCGCUUGAAAAUUUAGAAGAAAAAAAACGUUGUUAUUAUUACUGAAACGAAAUGACGCAUCUUCAACAGAUAAUCGACGAAAAUAUAACAUGAUUACACUAAGGAUUGUCUUCUACAUUUAAGAAAUUAAAUGUCAAUUUUCAUGUGUGCUUCUACAGGUGUGAAAGAAAACCAGUUCUUUAUUUUUAGUGACAGACUCGUGUCUUCACGAGGUUCAGAUAUUAUUUUUAAUUGGUGUGAAAGUUUACGAUAAAAAUUAUCAUGAAAAAGACAAUUUUCCGAGGAACAUCGUUGGCGAUGUUAUCGAAAACGUGGUGGUUACUUGUUGUUCUCGGUGUAAGAGAGUUACAGGUCAGUGGACAAUUGCUGGACACAGAAUUCCAACCAACAGUGACGGCAACAUGUAAAGCUGGUCACAUGACCAUUCAUGUAAAUCUAAAUCAGAGUUUUGUGGGUGCUGUUCAUGCUCGAGAUUUUCGAACACCACAAUGUAUGGUUCCAGGAAAUGGUUCGAGUCACGCCACUCUUGGAAUAAAUCUUUUUGCCAGUAAAGGUUCGCCAGAUUAUUGUGGCGUACUUGUUAAUAAUCAUACUGAAGAACGAUCUGUACCAAUAGCAGUAAGAAUACAUGGGACAUUAGAAUUGGCAGAUGACAAAUUCUACGUGAUAACUUGCGGCAAGGCAGGAUUUAAAAAUGCCAAAAACGAGACUUCUUUGGUGUCUCUACGACUUCUGGAUGGAACUCGUCGGAUUCAGACUGCCUAUAUCGGUCAGAAUUACACUCUCCAAGCAGAAAUCUCACGACCCGAUGGAAUGCACGGUAUACGCGUCAAGAAUUGUUUUGCUUUCAACAAAAAGAACGAUUCCCAAGGUCUGCUAGACGAUAAAGGGUGUCCAAUAAUAGAGAAAAAGCAGGUGAUGACGAAAUUUAUAUAUGAUCGAAACACGGGUUUUGCCGAAGCAACCUUGUUCUCAAUGUUCAGAUUUCCAGACAGUAGUACCCAAGUUCAUUUUCAAUGCGACAUCGCAGUAUGCAAAGGAACUUGCUCAACACCCGUUUGCGAAGGAGAUGAUGACUUUUUAAUAAAAGGAUUCAGCAAAGGACAAACAACUGCAGACGAAGAAGCAGUCCUCGUCGCAAGUACGAGUGUCUUUGUCCUUGAACCUGGAGAACCACCUGUAUUGGCUGCGUCUUUCGAAGACGGCAGUGUUCAUCCAGCCUGGUUACUCUGGCUCGCUGUUGCACUUGGCAUUUUGUUCCUCAUUAUGCUUAUCAUUAAUAUCUGCCUUUGUUCGGCAAUGUCUUGCACUUGCACGCGAACAGAAGUCAUAGAAAAGGAGCCUUCGAUCAUCGAGGAUUACGAUCCUUACAGAAGUUGGCACGGAUCUCAAUAUGGAUCAAGGUAUUCUUUGAAUGGCAAACCCGGCUAUGCUUCCGGCGGAUCCACAAUGAAUUCUACGAGAUCCAUAUCAACAAAUAGUGAUCACUAUGCCAUUGUUCACUCGAGACCUGGAAGCAGAUAUUCUGGUCCGGGACACAAGCAUCACCACCAUCAUCACAGAGGACCACCUUCUAACAUUGGCUCUCAUUAUUCCGGAAAAUAGUGCAUCUGAAUAAAGCAAUUGGACAUCCGUAUAUAAUAAAUUAAUGGCUAUCCACUAAAGCCCCAGAGAGGAUUUUAAACAAUAAGUGCAAUUCUUUAUUUUAAAUAAUGCGCAUGUGUUAUCUUAUCGUAACGUAAUUACUCUUUUUUUGAAAAAAAAAACCGUUCUAAUUUUCUUUUCUAUCCAUUCAAAAUACGUAUAGAAAAAAAAUUCAUUUUUGUAUAUAUUUUUAAAGAAAAUACACACAAAUUAUCAUUAAUUAAU